GGGGCCUGUGCCGGGUCGGCGGCGCUUUCUGCGGUGGCGGAUGAGCGGCCAGGGCGGCGGGGCCUGAGCACGGCCCGGGGCCCUCAGGGCCGGCUGCUGGCGGGAUGGGCAUCUUGCAAGGGGUGAUUUGGGCCAACGGGAGCACAGCCCUACCCCCACCCGUGGCACCCAACAUCAGCGUGCCGCAUCGCUGUCUGCUGCUGCUCUAUGAGGAUAUCGGAACCUCCAGGGUCCGGUACUGGGACCUCUUGCUGCUCAUCCCCAAUGUGCUCUUCUUCAUCUUCCUGCUCUGGAAGCUUCCGUUCGCUCGGGCCAAGAUCCGCAUCACCUCCAGCCCCAUUUUUAUCACCUUCUAUAUUCUGGUGUUCGUGGUGGCGCUGGUGGGGAUCGCCCGGGCCGUGGUGUCUAUGACGGUCAGCACCUCGGAUGCUGCGACUGUUGCCGAUAAGAUCCUGUGGGAGAUUACCCGCUUCUUCCUGUUGGCCAUCGAGCUGAGUGUGGUCAUCCUGGGCCUUGCCUUUGGUCACCUGGAGAGCAAGUCAAGCAUCAAGCGGGUGCUGGCCAUCACCACGGUGCUGUCCCUGGCCUACUCUGUCACCCAGGGGACACUGGAGAUCCUGUACCCUGACGCCCACCUGUCGGCUGAGGACUUCAACAUCUACGGGCAUGGGGGCCGCCAGUUCUGGCUGGUCAGCUCCUGCUUCUUCUUCCUGGUCUACUCUCUGGUGGUUGUGCUCCCCAAGACCCCGCUGAAGGAGCGCAUCUCCCUGCCUUCACGAAGGAGCUUCUACGUGUAUGCGGGCAUCCUGGCGCUGCUCAACCUGCUACAGGGGCUGGGAAGUGCGCUGCUCUGCGCCGACAUCAUCGAGGGGCUCUGCUGUGUAGAUGCCACCACAUUUCUCUACUUCAGCUUCUUUGCGCCCCUCAUCUAUGUGGCCUUCCUCCGGGGCUUCUUUGGCUCAGAGCCCAAGAUCCUCUUCUCCUACAAAUGCCAAGUGGAUGAGACCGAGGAACCGGACAUGCACCUGCCCCAGCCCUACGCUGUGGCCCGGCGGGAGGGCCCCGAGACAGCAGGAGCUGCUAGCACACAGUUUGACUCGGCCGGUGGGGUGGCCUGCUUGGACGACAUUGCGUCCAUGCCCUGCCACACGGGCAGCAUCAACAGCACAGACAGUGAGCGCUGGAAGGCUAUCAAUGCCCGAGUGUGACCACCAUGGCCGGAAGGCCUGCUGGGGCCUGUGCAGGGCAGGCUGGAGAGAAGACCAGGGAGUGCCAAGUCGCUGCAGGAGGAGGAGGAGGAGGUCAUGGGACCUUCUGUAGGCAGCAGCCCCACGCAGGCCCUGUCUCACCUUCUGUGUCCCCAGUUGCCUUUGGCCACCUCUGCUCUAGCUGGGGGCUGCCUCCCCCUUCCACCUUCCACCUGCCCUCUCCCUGCUCAGCAACAUGGCCCAGACUCUGAUCUCUCAGGGCCAUGCCUGCCUAGGCCGGCUGAGGGCACCUCCUUUCUCCAAAGCCUGGGCACCCAGGACCGGUCUGGCCCUUCUCAUCCCUCUGCCUCCUCCCCAUGGCGCUUUGGCUUCCUCAAAGCCCACUCCGGCGGGUGGGCUGAAGUGUGUAUAUUUUCUUGAUCUAUUUUUUAAUAAAAAAAAAAGGAGCAG